AUGAGCACUCCUCCCGAGAAGCCUGACUCCGCCACGCCGUCCAACGUCAAGGAGCAGUCAAGCCAGCACGGGCACGGGCGAGGUUGCGAGCAGCAGCAGCAACAUGGCCAAAAGGAACCCCCGACACAAAAGCAGCACUCGGCGACGGCGACGGCGCAACAGCUAGUCCUGAGACCACGGCCGUUCGCAGAGCUGCACGCGGAGCGCGUCUUGCUCCUCGGGCAACUGCAAGACCAAGACGAGCGCGCGGUGGCGCUGCUCGGGCAGCUGGUAGAGGCGGAGGAGGCGGUGCGACGGGGGCGGGGGGCAGACGACGAGGAGGAACAGGAAGCGGAGGGGGGAGGGGAGAGAAAGAGGCGCUGGAUGCGGGGCCGCGGCCGCGGCGCGGCGCUCAGGAACCGCGCGCGCCUGCGCCGCAGCAUCGCCGACGCGGUGCAGGAGGAGCGUGGGAUCCUCGCGCGCCUCGGCGAGCUGCACGUCGAGAUCCAGUGCCGCGACCGCCGGCGCCGCGUCGGCGAGGAGAGCGCCAGGGAGGCAGCCGCCGCCCCGCGGCAGAAGCAGCACGCAGCCCAGUUCCCGCCAGGCUCUCCGGCGCCCCGGCCUCCGACCCUGGCUCCGCCGUACUACUACCACCCCCCGCCGGCUCCGGCGAUGGACCCGCGCGCCCCGGCCUUCGAGCCGCGGCUCCGACCGGUUCCGGAGCUCGGCGCCUGGCCCGCCGCUCCGUGGGCGCCUCCCACCCGUCUUUCUCCCGCUCCCCCGUAUCCUCCUGUUCCUCCGUAUCCCCCUGUUCCUCCGUAUCCCCCUGUUCCUCCGUAUCCCCCUGUUCCUCCGUAUCCUCCUGCUCCCUCGUAUCCUGCUCCCCCGUAUCCUGCCCCGCCACCCCACCCCGAUCCCGAACACGCCCUCCAGGCCCUGAUCGCAGGUUCACGCAGCAGCAGCGCGUUGCUCUGGUAG